UCCUCUGUGAUACCAUUCCUUAACCACUACACAAAAACACCGCGUACGAAGAUCAGAGCACCUUAAAGCCUUUCCCACCUUCGAUUCCAUUCCUUACCAAAUUGAUUGAUCGCAGCAGUCAAUUACGACCCGACGCGAUCCGAUCAGCGAAUUCAGUUUUGACCUUCCUUCCGAUCCACCGCCAUGAGUUUCAUCUUCGGCAAGCGCAAAACCCCCGCAGAACUCUUGCGGGAAAAUAAGAGAAUGCUGGAUAAAUCUAUUAGGGAAAUAGAGAGGGAGAGAGGAUCCCUCCAGACGCAAGAGAAGAAACUGAUUCAAGAGAUUAAGAAGAGUGCUAAGCAAGGGCAGAUGGGAGCUGUCAGAGUUAUGGCAAAAGACCUUGUUCGAACACGGCACCAGAUUGAAAAGUUUUAUAAGCUCAAGUCACAACUCCAGGGUGUAUCUCUCAGAAUCCAGACACUGAAAUCAACUCAAGCGAUGGGAGAGGCAAUGAAGGGGGUGACAAAGGCAAUGGGCCAGAUGAAUAGACAGAUGAACUUGCCAUCACUGCAGAAAAUUAUGCAAGAAUUUGAGAGGCAGAAUGAGAAGAUGGAAUUGACAACUGAGGUGAUGGGAGAUGCCAUUGAUGAUGCUUUGGAAGGAGAUGAGGAAGAGGAGGAAACAGACGACCUAGUUAACCAAGUUCUUGAUGAAAUUGGUAUAACCGUCAAUCAAGAGCUUGUUAAUGCGCCAUCAGCCUCUGUGGCUGCACCAGCUGCAAAGGGCAAGGUUGCACAAGUGGAAGCAGCUGCAACCGAUGAUGGUGGGAUAGAUAGUGAUUUACAGGCGAGGCUAGACAAUUUAAGAAGGAUGUAGACUUCGUAUCUUGUAUAUACUAUAUUGUUGGCAUAGUGUGAAAGGUCAGAUUUCUUUUGGGCCUUGUAAUAUCUGUGAAAAUCAUUCAAGAAUUUUUCUGAUCAGGAUAUGAGAUAUGCAGAUUCUAAUAAAAUUACAUUUGGUAAAUCUA